AUGCAGAUUGACUUGUUUGAGGGAAUGAACGCUGCUAUAAUUCGGGCAGCCUUGUGUACACAGCAUGCAGCAUGCUUAGUCGGGUCGGGAGACAACAAGGCUACCGCGGAGUCAUGCCUGGGCCGAGGGAAGGCAGCUUGGCGGCAAGUCCAGGGAAAAGGGGGAAAGUCUGGGAUACAGGCCGCAAACCGAAGAUGGUUGUAUCACCAGGCUCGCCUAGCCGGAGUAAUUUGUCGACCUUGGAGUUGA